GUUUUCAGAAUCGGCGUUCAAGUUAUUGUCAAAGUGUCGUACUUACUGUGACACGUGCGAGAUCUAUGAUUACACGGUUUUUUGAUCAAACACAGUGGCAGAAUUUGGUGGCUGGCGUUACUGGUGGAGUAGCAUCGGCGCUGAUUUUGCAUCCAUUGGAUUUAGUCAAAAUCAGAUUACAGGUCAAUGAAGGUACAGGUGUCAUCGCUUGCAGACCCAAGACAACGAAGGUAUUCCGAACUUUAUAUGACAUUGCCCAAUAUCGAGGUUUUCGUGGUCUUUACUUGGGUUUAACCCCAAAUGUUAUUGGAGCAGGCACUUCAUGGGGUUUGUACUUUUUCCUUUAUGAAGGCAUGAAGCGAUUCGCUCAGCAUGGUGAUGAAACCAUAUCCCUUACUAGCAUGCAGUAUAUCUCAUAUUCUGCUUUAUCAGGUAUUAUAACGUUGUCCAUUGUAAAUCCAAUAUGGGUAAUUAAAACAAGACAAUGUUUACAGUAUGAAAAAGUAAUGAGAUGUAUGCACGAACCUGUAACCAAUAAAAAUUCAUCAAUAAAAUCUACUGAAUCCACUUGGCAUAUAUUACGAAGUCUAUGGACCAAUGAAGGUUUUGCUGGAUUGUAUCGUGGUUAUGUACCUGGUCUAUUUGGUAUCAGUCAUGGGGCAAUUCAAUUUGUGUUUUAUGAACACUUCAAAAAUGCCUAUAAUAAGCAUUAUCGUGGUAAACGAAUUAACGAAAAAUUGUCCACUGUUGAAUACCUACUAUUCUCCUGUACCUCUAAAUUGGCUGCUAUAGUUAUCACUUACCCUUAUCAAGUUAUUCGUUCUAGAAUGCAAGAUCAGCAUAGAAGCUACAAUGGAGUUUCCGAUGUCAUCCAACAAUUAUUGAGAGGUGAAGGGGUUCAUGGACUUUACAAAGGACUUUUACCACAAAUUCUUCGAGGUAUACCAACCAGUGGAAUUACAUUCCUUGUAUAUGAACAUAGUGUAACCUUAUUCAACUGGUUUAAAUAAUGUAUAGUUCAUACAUAUUACAGUUUCCUUUUACAAUUUUCUAUGCAAUGAACCAUGUAGACAGAUAAUCGGUAGUGUUUGUAUCAAAAGGUUAUUUUCAUUUUAGUACUAUUAUUAUUCUACUCUGUGUACAUAGUUAUUCUGUUUGAUUUCUUUUCUCGUCAGGAUUUUCUUCAUAACAUUUUUCAGUUUUCUUUUCACAGCAUAUCUAGUUUUCAUAGACUUCAACCUUGAUUAUUGUCACUAGGUAACAAUGAACUGGCUGUCUAAUCACUUAGUUUUGAACCCAUUAUUUUGUUAUACGUUUCAAGUUUCUAAUGCAUAUAUAUAAUGGAUUGUAGAUAAUGAUGAAUACUGUCUUCAAAAUUGAUCGUGUUCCACCUGAUCAUUGAUAUCUAGUAAUUGUUCAUGCAUUUCGUUUCGUUGGGGACUCAUUAGUUGAUGAAUAUAAGUGAGUCCUAAGGGACGAUAAUGUUCACAUUAUGAUUUGUACCAAGCUAUCAUAGCUUCAAAUAUAGCAGUUUUCUCCUCUA